AUGGCUCUGGUAGGAGUCCUGCUCAGCUGUCUGCUGCCCCUGGGGCUGCUCCUGGACCUCAGCUGGGGCCCUGCUGCUCUGGGGUCCCCAGUGGCGGGGUCUGGAGAGAUCUCGGCUGAGCACACAGUGGAGGCUGGAGGGACUCAGAGGCCAUGGCUGGGUAGCCGCCACCCUCUUGCCCGCCUGCGCCGAGCCCUGGCCAGCCCAUGCCAGCUGUGGAGCCUGACCCUGCCAGUGGCCGAACUGGGCCUGGGCUACACCUCCGAGGAGAGGGUCAUCUUCCGCUACUGCGCCGGCAGCUGCCCUCGCGGUGCUCACACCCAGCAUGGCCUGACACUGGCCCGGCUGCGGGGCCAGGGCCGUGCCUAUGGCGGGCCCUGCUGCAGGCCCACCCGCUACGCCGACGUGACCUUCCUCGAUGACCGCCACCACUGGCAGCGGCUGGUCCAGCUCUCGGCAGCCGCCUGUAGCUGCAGUGAAUAA